AUGCGGUCUAAGAAGGACGCAGCAGGGAAGCCAGAAGAGGAGCGGUGGCGCGCAAUCUAUCGACUCAUAUUUCCAGACGCCGAGGAGAAAGAAAUGUCGAUGCCAUAUGUUAGCGAAGAAACUACGAAAAAAAGACACGACGGCCGAAUCGGAUUGCCGACAGAACACCAAGUUUUUGAAAAUGUGUCACGAGAACUCCUCCGUGUUCUCCCUGGUCGCUUCAACGCAGCUGUUAGAAGUCGCUUACAUGACGAGAGAUUAAAAACGAUGUGGAGUGACUUCGCGAACAAUCAGUUACAUGAUGUACUACGAGCCACUCUCACCGAAACAUGUUCCUCUGCAAACGUACCGCCACUACUAGAAAGCAAAACCAGCGAAGUAGGGGUCCGUGAGGAGCGAGACGAAUUAUCUUGUUUCGAUAUGUUGGACUUUGUAAAUGAUUGA